UAGAAUAUAUGAACGUAAUGGCGUUUACAAAGAUGUGGCUUCUCGACGUUGUAAGAUUUUUGGUCAAAAGUGCGGAUAAAUACUCAUAUAUUUGCCAAAUAAUUGGAAAAUAGAUAAGGAGGAAGAAGAAUGCGCGAGUGCGAAUUGAAGUAGUUUCAGAGUUCAAAGGAUUUUUGACUGUUGAUUCUUGUGCUUGGCUGAUUGCGUGGAAGAUUUAAAGUUAUAAGAAAGUUCGAUCACUUCUUCUCGAGAAUAGAUCGAUACUGAUGACAGCUGCGAGCAAUUUGCAACUGUGCCGUGGAGAAGUAUUGGGAUUUUUGCAAUCAUUACCCUGAGGAUCCUUGUUUCUAAUAAUUGGACACUGACAGGAGGGACGGACAGACAAUAGUGUUACAGCGGCUACAGUAUUUGUGAAUACUCGAUGGAUGAAUUCCAUCCAUUUAUCGAAGCUCUUCUACCAUUCGUGAAGUCUUUCUCGUAUACAUGGUUCAACUUACAAGCUGCCAAAAGACGAUAUUAUAAGAAACACGAAAAGCGUAUGAGUUUAGAAGAAGAACGUCAGUGUAAGGAAGAACUUCAGAACGAGAAGCUGGAAGUAAAACAGAAAUGGGCCUCGCGGCUUCUAGGAAAAUUACGAAAGGAUAUCACGCAAGAAUAUCGAGAGGACUUUGUAUUGAGUAUUACGGGAAAGAGGCCAGCGAUGUGCGUUCUAAGCAAUCCUGAUCAAAAGGGUAAAAUGCGUCGAAUCGAUUGUCUUCGUCAAGCGGACAAGGUAUGGAGGUUGGACCUAGUUAUGGUGAUUCUUUUCAAGGCAAUUCCAUUGGAAUCGACGGACGGGGAACGGCUUGAAAAAACUGCGGAAUGCGCGCAGCCGGGACUUUGCGUCAAUCCUUAUCAUAUUAACGUUUCUGUCCGGGAACUAGAUCUCUAUCUCGCCAAUUUUAUCACGAGUCACGAAGUACUGAAUGGCAUCUGCAACGCUAGUAAGGAGGAGGACAGACGUCGUAAAGGUACAGGAUAUCAUGAACUAUAUAAUGGUGUCGUCUGCAAUGAUACGAUCCUUGCAACAGGUGUCUUCAGCUCCAAAGAGCUCUGGAUGCUUUCAAAAGCGUCCAUACUGCAUGACCUCAGCGACAUGCAGCCUCAAAUAAACGCGAUCAAAAUAGAGCACCCACCAUACUACUGCAACAGCUACACCCCACCAUCCGCAGCCACGACUGCGGAUCACGUUCAGCCGGCGGCUAGCUUCAGUCCACCGCCAGUUCAUCAAUUAAUAAGGAACGAUAAGACUGAUAAGCCGCCGACUAUAACAGUUUCGAGUGCAUCGACAUUUUCAUCGGUCCUCAGGCCGGAAGACGGACACCGUGGAAUAGAAUCCCCGCAUUCGCAAACCGGAUUGCAUUCGCCUCACGAAGGAUUAACUGGUGGUUCCGGUCAAAGUAUGCCUGGACUCGCUUACUAUCAGCCGGAACACACUGGAUCUACAGGGGUAGUAAAGUAUCCUGAGAACGGACAUGACACUCUUUCGGACUUUGUGACUUUCGUGUGUCAAGAAGCUGAAAAUACCCAGCAAUUAUCUCAGACGCAACUAACUGGAUCACGCACCAGCAUACAAAAGUUUCCGCAAUAUUAUCCAAGUUCGAUGUUACCGCCGCCACCACCUGCUCCUAUGGCCAGACCAGUAGCAAUAAUAAGAUCGACAGGUGAGUUAGCAGUGACAACUGCUAACUCGCCACCAACAUCGUCAUCUACGGAUCCAGCCGAGCUAGGACCUAAUCAGGAACAGAUGACUACCGCAGCGGCAGUUGGACUCGUCGGUUCUGCUUGUCAGAAUUCUGUCGAACCCGUCGGACGAAAGAGCCCCACUAGAAUUCUCGUUACACCACAUACCUCCAACAGGGAAUAUACAUUUGCUCAUUUUCAUUCGCAACCUGGUCAGCAAAUCUUCACGUAUCCGACCAUUAGUUCGAUGUCUGGAGUAAUUUCGCCGACUAACUUGUCUCUAUUCUCGUCUCCUGUUUCGGUAACGAGACCGGUAGCAACACAAAGGUCGGUCUCUAAUAUCCCACCACGUUGGAAUACUGCGCCAUUCAUCAAUUUGGAAGACGAUUAUAACAUGAUUGCACCGAUCAUCACUGGAACAAGCAGUGAGCCAUCAGCCACUAUAGAGGAAGAACGAUAUUUUCAUCCUGUGCAUACGAGUGGCGUGGUAGAUAAAAAUGGCAGUGGUAAUUUAAUAAGCAGUGAACUUGGAGUAAACACAGAUUCAUCACAUCAUCACCAACAGCAGCAGCAGCAGCAUCAACAGCAACAACAACAGCAGCAACAGCAGCAGCAGCAACAGCAGCAACAAGUACAGCAACAGCAAUCAUCUUCGCAACAGCAACAGCAGCAGCAGCAGCAAGUAAUAGCAGAUAAAUGCAGCGGGCCCAAAUCUUCUCCGUGACAGUGGAGUCGAAGAAUGGAAAAUCUUGAAAAACUCACGAACUCGCCGUGUUUGUUAGAAUCGAUAAUUAGUAUUACAUAUAAUAAUUGCCGAAGUCACAUCCGAAGUCGAGUUCGAGAGCAAUUGUCAGGAAACUAUGCCUCGUAUUCAAUUAUAUAAUUUAAACUACGAAGAAUAGAAUGCUUAAAAGUUCGAUUAAUUUAUGUAUUACGAAGUAAGAGAAUAAGAAGAAUGCUUUUCAAGGAAUGCAACUAAGAAGGAAAAGAUCUAUUAAUUCAUAUUUAUUAGGAUAAAUUAAUAUCUAAUAUAAAAUAUAUACUAGGAUAGAUUAAUACAUAAUAUGAAGUUUCAUAUUGUGAAGCAAUCCAUUCUAACCAAUAUUGUAUAGUAUAGUUUAUCGUGCGAUACAAUUUACGACGCUUAAAGUGUGCUAUGAUACACAAAGAACUGAAACAGUAAGACAUGAACAGUAAGCAAAUCAAUAUUUGGAUUUGCCACAACUUACGUUUAAUGAUCUCUACUGUGAUUAGCUCAUUUGCUUACUGCUUAAAUGUUUUUGUGUACCAUAUAGCCUUUAAUGCAGCCAUAAGUUAACGUCGCCGUGCAUGCCUUAUUCUGUUUGAGAACAGAAACUUGUUUACAUAUAGUAGCUACAACAAUAUAUUGUUUAAGCUAUAAACAUAUUUAGAUAAAACGAUAAAUUUUUAAAUUUUCAAUAUUGUAUAAACAAUUGGACAUGAUAAUGGAGUAUUAUGGCAUAUUGCUUUACUGAUUAUGGACUAUUGUAAAACAUCGUUUGAUUUGUAGUCAACUACAUAAAGCUUGUAUCAAUCGAUAUGCGGUCCAUGAAUUAUGAAUAAUAGACUAAAUUGGUUUUU